AUGGCCAUCAAUCUGCGGCGUGAUGAAAGUAUGUAUCUUUUCCGGAAUCCGAAGCAAGAACUCGAAGCACGAAUCGGAAGCUGGGCACAGGAUAGUGACGUAUUGGUGACCAUGAUCCUCAUUGUCCUAGACCCUUUCUUCGGUUACCCCACUGCUCCGCUUGUCGUAUUUGCAAUGUCUAGUAACGUUGUUCAGGAUUGUGGACCCAUCCUCCUCGGUGGCUUACUAGCCUUCGGCUUAUCGGGUUGUGUAAACAUGCAAUUCUUCGUGUAUUGGCGGCUGUACUCUUACGAGUCUUUGCGUGCCAAGUCUCUGGUCAUUGCAACUUGGCUGCUUGACUUGUGUCAUUCUGCAUUUGUGGCAAUCGCCCUGUGGGAUUCCAUCAUUAUGCCCUACAGUAAUAUGAAUGAAUCUGACGAUAUCUCUUGGAGUGUUGGUCCUACAGUCGGGCUUACUCAAAAUAUUCGCCAGGCUAUGAUCACCUUCCUCGUCCAAAGUUUUUUUGCGUACCGAAUCUACAGACUGCAAAAGAAGAGACUUGCUGUAGCGGUCCCAAUUGUUACACUUGCUUUCUUUCGUUUAUUUGCGGCUAAUGUUUCGAUGGGCAUGAUGAUCCGCUUACAAUCAUAUGCCGCAUUCGUUCAACAACCUUUGUCGCGUUGGAUCUUCACCGUGGGCCUUUCACUUUCAGUGUUGGUGGAUAUCAUGAUCGCAGCAUUCAUGUGCUACUUCCUUCGCAAAAAUCGUACAGUGGUUACAAGCACCAUACGUAUCAUCGACACCCUGACACUCUGGACGAUUCGCAAUGGAUCAAUGACAAGUUCAGUUACUGAAAUAUUACAGUGGUUGGUUAUGCCUGGCAACCGCAUAUUCCUGGGUCUUCACUUCGUUGUAGCGAAAUGGGAUAUUAUCGGAGCAGUAUAUGCAAACUCGCUUUUAGCCACCCUUAAUGCCAGGCAGCAUAUAAGAAACGGAAAGCAAUAUGAUCCUUCGAGCGAUCAUCCUUUGCCGAUCGUUUUUUCGGAGGACUGGGAAAAUACAACUGAAACUUUGCGCUCGCAACACGGAUUUCCCGUAAUGCAGCUUAAUUCUUACAUUCCGAGGGCUCAAAAUGAAAAACGGGGGAAAACAAUCCAAGUAAAUGUUGAACGGGUCGUGGAGUCCAAGCUCGAAAAUGUUGCACUGGAACCGACGGAAAGCUGCACAGAAGGAAGUACAGUCUAA